AUGGUAGUAUCAAUAUUUGGAAUUGGUGCAGUGGUUGGUGGAUUAUUAUCGAGCAUGCUGGUAGAUAAGGUCGGUAGACGAGGUGGUCUGUCCUACACGAACAUUAUCGCGUUUUUUGCCGCCCUUAUGGGACUGGCUAAAACGAUCGAUGUCUAUCCAAUGAUGUUGUUUGGACGAUUUUUCAUCGGAAUUAAUGCCGGUCUUGCCGUCAUGGUACCGAUGUACCUUACUGAGAUAGCACCAAUAAAUCUUCGCGGAACACUCGGAUCAUUUCAUCAGCUGUUCAUAACAUUCUCCAUUCUUGUUUCCCAAGUGUUCGGUCUUCCACAAUUUUUUGGCACAGUAGAUAGAUGGCCUUACAUUUUUGCAUUUGUUGCUGUACCCGCUCUUCUACAAGUGAUUGCAUUGCCGAUGAUACCCGGGUCGCCUAAGUUCACACUGUACAUACGAGGUGAAGUCGAACGAGCAAUACAGAAUUCAGAGCUGCUGAGAGGAACGGGCAAUGUCUGGCUCAAGGUGCAGCAGAUGCGUGCGGGAGCCAUUAGAACAACAAACGACAUUCCGUCAAUGCUCGACAUGUUUCGUGGGUCAUUACUAUGGCCGUCUACACUCACAGUUGUAAUGAUGGUUGCACAGCAGCUAACUGGCAUAAAUGCGGCAAUUUUCUACUCAACAAUAAUAUUCAAGCAGACCGGUUUUAAGCAAGAUUCCAGUUACGCCACUUUGGCUGUGGGUCUCAUUAAUAUUCUGACGACGAUCCUUGCCGCUAUAUUGGUAAGCAGUUCUUCUCGUAAACUGUUAAGUGUCAUAACUUCAAUGAUGCUGAGAUAUGAUGAGACAGCAAUUGCUGUUGAUCAUCCAAGAUUUGGACGUCGUGUGUUGUUACUUGCCGGCAUAGUCGGCAUGAUGAUAUCGUUGAUAUUCUUAAUAGUCUUCGUUUCUCUGAGUAAAACUGGAAGUGUAUGGCCAACUAUUUCGCAGCGGUGUUCGUUCUACUGUUUGUCAUGUUUUUCGCCGCAAGGCCAGGUGUGUUACUAUGUGGGUAGUAAAAGAUACGUUUCCUCAAUAUCGCUAUGUGAUAGCAGGACUCUGAAAACUGCACCAAUAGAAAACAAACCUUUCUUUUCCUUAGCGUAA